CACCCAUUCAAAAAAAUCCCGUAUCCCGCUCGAUGGAAAUAGUAAACAAAAUGUAAUGGCGGCGCCCACGAUGAUCAUCUGUGACGUCUAAUGAAUUUGCGAAUAAAAAGAAACUGAAAUUCAAUUCAGGGUCGUUUUAUCCGUGACUCCUAUUCCUAAUGUUCUAAUUAAGUAGCGACGCUUGCAAAAGCGUUACCUUCAAGUGCCUGAAGCAGUCGCGUCAUAUUCCAGUGACUAUGAGUAAGAAAAUUCAAAAUGAAUGUGGCUUUCUAAGUCAGCCAAGAAAAAGUAAAAGAAGACAAAGCAGCAGAAGGAGUCCUACACCCCAUGAGGCUUGGUACAAUAAUGGUAGAGAUAGUCAAGAACCAAGUGAAGAUGAAGUACCUGGAAUGGAUUAUUCACAAAUGUAUUGGCAACAGCACAGACCUCCUCAAACUCAACCUCAUCCAGCCCUUCACAAUGGACAGCGCCUUUUUACAGCGAUGUCAGAUCCUAGUGUUUGUGGCUAUUCAGCUGUCCCUGUCACAUAUGCUAUGGAGCCUGUUUCCUUACCGCCCAUGUACCACCUCUAUCAACCAGUAGUAAGACCUAAUUAUAGAACUUAUAGGGGUGGAACAAGAACAUCUGCAGCCAGAAUGUCAAAUGGUCCUCUUGGUAUACACGAUAAUGCAGGUAACGGUUACUCAAGCUUGCAAGAGAAUGGUUGGACUCACUGCACACCAAUGGCUUAUCAAAAUGGAGAUUAUACCAGUUUACCUCCCACUGCAAAUAUUGACAAUAAGAAUAAUGGUGAAGAGUUGAAUUCUGAGCACAGACGAUACUCUGAUCCUGGCUUGGGACCUGCUGACUUACCUGAUGAUUCAAAAGGAGAGGACUCUGAUAGUUCUGAAAGUGGGAGUUCUAUAACAACUGUUGAUAAGAAUAACAAAAUGUUUUUGUCUCUUCUUGAACAGAUGACUAAAAUGAAAGAGAUCAACAGUCAAUUAUAUAAGGAUCUGCACGAAGCCAAAACAGAUUUAGAAACCGUAAAGACUGAAUUAAACCAACUAAAGCAAAAUGUUCCUUCGGAGUACCAACCAGGAAUGUUAACAGAUAUCAUCAAGGAAAUUAGGGAUGCAAACCGAGCUAAAGAGGAGGCAAUGCUAUCAAAGAUGAAGCAGCUAAUGGAGUCGCAGCAGUGCCAGAAGAGCGUGGAGUUGGAACAAUUGAAAAGUCAGCUGGAUGCGGUGACGCGGGCGAGCGACGAGCGAGUCGUUAAGCUCGAGAACGAAAUCGCCGCGCUGAGGCUCGGUCUCAACUGCAGCGAGAUGAACAGCCGUGGCGAGGAGUUGGUGGCCUUCGAGGAAGAGAACCUGGCGCUGCGCCGCGAGCUGCAAGAGGCCCGUCGGCAAGCCAAGUGCGUAAGCCCCAUCGAUUUCGUAGCGGCACCACCCACUUUAUCUCGCAUGAGCACACCGAAGCACAAUCAUAAACAAGCCACCACCACUGCCGCAGCCGCAGCUGCGACAGUACCCUCCUCCUCGUCGUCGUCGUCGUCGUCGUCGUCGUCAUCAUCGUCAUCGUUGUCGUCGUCGUCGUCGCCGUCGUCGUCAUCGUCAUCGUCAUCGUCGUCGUCGUUGGCGGCAGCGGCGGCGGCGGCUUCGGGCACGAGCUCGCCGAGAAACGACAAUAUGCUCAUCGCUGAAGACAAGUCGUCGCACACCUACACCACCGCGUACAUCUAAAAGGGGGCGAAGCGCUUGCACACCCAUACCUACUUGUGAUAUAUAUAUGUAUUUGUAUAUACGUACACCACGUAGGUCGAUCUCUCUCUCUCUCUCUCUCUCUCUCUCUCUCUCAUCUCUCAUCUCUGUCUUUCGCUUUCGCCAAUGCAUGUUUGUUCAUCUGUACAUUUCUCUCUCAUCAACCAGCACUAUGCUAGAUAUACAUAUAUAUACAUAUAUAUAUGCACAAUAGCAGCUACACCGGGAAAUUGGCAUGCUCUAUCCUAAACCUAGCCCUCUCUCGACCCGCGUCAUUCAUCAUUAGAACAGAGAAAGUUAAUCCUUUUGUUUUUCUUUUUAUUUAAACAACUAAUGCUCGAUCGCGCACAUAUCGAAAACAGAGUUGCCUCGUCUUUAAUUGGCGUUCGAUCUCGAAGCAGCUAAACAUUGCAAAAGACUAGGCGCUGAUUUUUGUUCGUUAACAACCAACCACUUUUUAACACACUUAACACAAUCGCUUCUGUCGAGUGUUAAUUAAUCGUCUUCGGAACUACGUCCAAUUUCCAAGCUUUUUGCUCCCUAGCACUAAUUUUCAAGACUGAACACUAAUUAAAGACGCCAGUCGCCGUCUUCCGUCGUCUGCGGAAAGUCAAAGGCGAAACCGUAGCUAUAAUAUUUACGAGAAACAAAAAAGGGAUUGUCUCUCUCUCCUUCUCUCUCUCUCACUCUCUCUCUCUCUCUCUCUCUUUCUCUCUCGUUGUCGAUCGCGGGGGCGCGUAGAAAGCUAAAGCUGUGUAAAUACACUGGCAAAAGGGCUGCUGACUCGUAGAGAAGUAGACUUGUUGAAACGAAACUGUAUGAUACGCCGCAGAGCGAAGCAGCAGCAGCAGCAGCAGCUACGGCGCCCGUCGGCCGCAGCAGCAGCCAUGAGCUCAAGCAGCAGCAGUGGCGGCGGCGAUGACGACGACGCCGAUGACGAUCGGGACAGCGGCUUCAAUUACGGCCGAAUCU